AUGAAGUAUUAUAAGAAAGAAGAUGACUAUGAUUCAAGUGAAUCUGAAAUCUCCACGGAUGAAAGCUCUGAUUACGACGGCGGUGAAGACGAGUCCGAUUCCAGCGACCCGAAUCAUGGAGACGACGAUGAUGAAGACGGAGCAGAUAGUACAGUUGAUGAUAAUAAUGGCUAUGAUGAUGAUGAUGACAAUAAUGGCGAUGAUGAUAAUGAUGACAAUAAUGACUAUGAAGAUAAUGGUGAUAAUAAUGAUGAUGAUGAUUAUGAUGAUGACGAUAUCCAAAACGAGGAUGAAUCAGAGUUUGAGGAAGAGCAGGAGGGAGAGCAAGAAGAAGAACAGGACGAAGAGCAGGACGAAGAGAAGGAGGAUGAGGAGCAGGAUGAGGAGCAGGAUAAGGAGCAGGAUGAGGAGCAGGAUAAGGAGCAGGAUGAGGAGCAGGAUAAGGAGCAGGAUGAGGAGCAGGAUGAGGAGCAGGAUGAGGAGCAGGAUAAGGAGCAGGAUGAGGAGCAGGAAAAGAAUCAGGAAGAUGAGUACGAAGAUGAACAGGAAGAGGAAGAUCAAUUGACUGAAGCACCGACCACGAAAAUCUUCAGAAAAAGAAAACAGUUCGAUUCUGAUAGAGUUUCAUUUGCUCCCAAACAACGAAAUGAAAGAAACAAUCGCGCCUUUACAUUUUCAACAAGACAAACCACAAUGGCUGCUCGUUUGAAUCGAAAUAGAAACGAACGUCGAAGUUCUUCUACCGCUUCUACAAUGAGAACCACCACCUCUUCUAAGCCAGAAAUGAUUAUCAAAACCAACAGACCAAUUUCGUCAACUACACCAAGGCAAACGACGACCAAAACUCGAAAACCUCGGAAGAAGACACAAAGUCGAAAAGCUGAUCCUACAACCACCAUCACAACCACAGCAACCAUGAGGACCACGACCACCAUGAGAACAAGACGAACAACUUCCCAUCAGUCGAGACGAACCACGACAGAACCUCGUACGAAACGGACGACGUCUGCCCCUGAAACGAGACAAACAACCAUCACCACUCAGAAGACUCGGAAUGAUAGAAGAAGACGCGGGCGGCCCACUACCACCACUCCAAGAUCGACUACCAUUACUCCAAGAUUCACAACCACUACUCUAAAAUCCACUUUCACCGGCCGAAGGAAGUUCAAAGGACGCGGAUAA